GGGGCGAGGCAGGGCCGCGCGCGCCACGUCAAGCGCGCCGCCGCCUGGGCCCUCCCUUCUGUGGAGUGCGGAGCCCCAGAGGGGCCUAGCCGCGCGCCCGCAGAGGGUGGGGCGGAGGCGCUUUCUCGUGCGCGCGCGGGCACAAGAUGGGGUAGAGCGCGCGCGGCGGCGGCCUUCUCGUGAAUUUCCGGGUGUGUUUAUUUGCCUGCGCGGGGCCGCGACGUCCCAGCUGGGCCGGCAGGCGGGUUUUGAAUGCUCUGCGGUCCUGAGGCGGAGAGGCUGCCUUUAUUUCUGUGCGGAAGGAGUAUGGGAGCCGGCCGUGAGGAGCCUGAGCGGUCAGCGACCCGCGAGGACUUGAAGUAGCCGCAGCGGCGGAGUCCAGAGUGGCGCCAGGCUCCCGCCCGGCUGCAAGUGCAGCCUGAGGGAAGGAGCCACAGCCCUAGUGACCCUCCUUCCUUUGUGUCUGGGUUGGAGUGAUCACCUCGGCGCCGCGGGACUGCGACGGUCGCCUGUGGGGGUGACGCCCCCUUCUCCUCGGGUCGGAGGUUCGCGGGGGGUCUCCAGGUACCCCUUGCUGCGAACACUCAGAAUUGGGUUCUCCGGAGGUUCAGUAGCCAGUUUAAGGGACUUAGAAUUCUCGUUCAAGGGAUACUUGUUAAUCACUCUAAUACUGUACCAGGAAGAGAAAUGUCUAAAAAGGAACUGGUCAACUGUUACGGUUUUCCUGGAUGAAACUGAGCUUUAUAUUUCACGACUCCUGACUUUACGUUGAUGUGGUUACAAAAGCUCAUGGUUGACAGCUCAGAGAAAGAAAAAAUUGAGGGAAGAUGGAUGCAAAAGCUCGAAAUUGUUUGCUUCAACAUCGAGAAGCCUUGGAAAGGGACAUCAAAACAUCCUACAUCAUGGAUCACAUGAUUAGUAAUGGCGUUUUAACAGUGUCAGAGGAGGAAAAAGUGAAAAAUGAGCCCACCCAACGGCAACGAGCAGCUAUGCUAAUUAAAAUGAUACUUAAAAAAGAUAAUCAUUCCUAUAUAUCAUUCUACAAUGCUCUACUUCAUGAAGGUUACAGAGAUCUUGCUGCCCUGCUGCAUGGUGGCAUUCCUGUCGUCUCUUCUUCCGAUGGCAAAGAUUCAGUUAGUGGAAUAACUUCAUAUGUAAGGACAGUCCUGUGUGAAGGUGGAGUACCACAGAGGCCCGUUGUUUUUGUUACUAGGAAGAAGCUAGUGAAUGCAAUUCAGCAGAAGCUCUCCAAACUGAAUGGUGAACCGGGAUGGGUCACCAUAUAUGGAAUGGCAGGUUGUGGGAAAUCUGUAUUAGCUGCAGAAGCUGUUCGAGAUCAUUCUUUCCUAGAAGAUUGUUUCCCAGGGGGCGUGCAUUGGGUGUCAGUUGGGAAACAGGACAAAUCUGGGCUUCUGAUGAAGCUACAGAACCUUUGCGCACGAUUGGAUCAGGAUGAAAGCUUCUCCCAGAGGCUUCCACUUAAUAUUGAAGAGGCUAAAGAUCGUCUCCGCAUUCUGAUGCUGCGCAAACAUCCAAGGUCUUUAUUGAUCUUGGAUGAUAUUUGGGAUCCUUGGGUGUUAAAAGCUUUUGACAAUCAGUGUCGAAUUCUUCUCACAACCAGAGAUAAGAGUGUUACAGAUUCAGUAAUGGGUCCUAAAUAUGUAGUGCCUGUGGAGAGUGGUUUAGGAAAAGAAAAAGCACUUGAAAUUUUAUCCCUUUUUGUUAAUAUGAAGAAAGCAGAUUUGCCAGAACAAGCUCACAGUAUUAUACAAGAAUGUAAAGGUUCCCCUCUUGUAGUGUCUUUAAUUGGUGCACUUUUACGAGAUUUUCCCAACCGCUGGGAGUACUACCUCAGGCAACUUCAGAAUAAGCAAUUUAAGAGGAUAAGAAAAUCUUCAUCUUAUGACUAUGAGGCUCUAGAUGAAGCCAUGUCUAUAAGUGUUGAAAUGCUCAGAGAAGACAUCAAAGAUUAUUACACAGAUCUUUCCAUCGUUCAGAAAGAUGUUAAGGUGCCUACAAAGGUGUUAUGUAUCCUCUGGGACUUAGAAACGGAAGAAGUUGAAGACAUAUUACAGGAAUUUGUUAAUAAGUCUCUCUUGUUCUGUGACCGGAAUGGAAAAUCAUUUCUUUAUUAUUUACAUGAUCUGCAAGUAGAUUUCCUUACUGAAAAGAAUCGCAGCCAGCUUCAGGAUCUCCACAAGAAGAUGGUCACUCAGUUCCAGAGACAUCACCAGUUAUAUUCUCUUACACCAGAUCAGGAGGAUUGCAUGUAUUGGUACAAUUUUCUGGCCUAUCACAUGGCCAGUGCUAAUAUGCACAAAGAACUGUGUGCUUUAAUGUUUUCCCUGGAUUGGAUUAAAGCAAAAACAGAACUUGUAGGCCCUGCUCAUCUGAUUCAUGAAUUUGUGGAAUACAGGCAUAUAUUGGAUGAAAAGGAUGGUACAGACUGUGAGAAUUUCCAGGAGUUUUUAUCUUUAAAUGGGCAUCUUCUUGGACGACAGCCAUUUCCUAAUAUUGUGCAACUGGGCCUCUGUGAACUGGAAACUUCAGAGGUUUAUCGGCAAGCUAAGCUGCAGGCCAAGCAGGAGGUCGAUAACGGAAUGCUUUACCUGGAGUGGGUAAACAAAAAAAACAUGAAGAACCUCUCCCGCUUGGUUGUCCGCCCCCAUACAGAUGCUGUUUACCAUGCUUGCUUUUCUGAAGAUGGUCAAAGAAUAGCUUCUUGUGGAGCUGAUAAAACUUUACAGGUAUUCAAAGCUGAAACAGGAGAGAAACUUCUAGAAAUCAAGGCUCAUGAGGAUGAAGUGCUUUGCUGUGCAUUCUCUGCAGAUGACAGAUUUAUAGCAACCUGCUCAGUGGAUAAAAAAGUGAAGAUUUGGAAUUCAAUGACUGGGGAACUAGUGCGUAUCUAUGAUGAGCACUCAGAGCAAGUCAAUUGCUGCCACUUCACCAACAACAGUAGUCACCUUCUCUUAGCCACUGGUUCAAAUGACUACUUCCUUAAACUCUGGGAUCUGAAUCAAGAAGAAUGUCGAAAUACCAUGUUUGGCCAUACAAAUUCAGUCAGUCACUGCAGAUUUUCACCAGAUGAUCAGGUUUUGGCCAGUUGUUCAGCUGAUGGAACAUUAAAGCUUUGGGAUGUGAAAUCCGCAAAUGAGAGGAAAAGCAUUAAUGUGAAGCAGUUCUUCCUGAAUUCAGAGGAGCCUCAGGAGGAUCUGGAAGUGAUAGUGAAAUGCUGUUCGUGGUCUGCUGAUGGUGCUAAGAUAAUGGUGGCCGCGAAAAAUAAAGUCUUUCUUUUUGACAUUCACACCAGUGGCCUGUUGGCAGAAAUCCACAUGGGCCAUCAUAGCACUGUCCAGUACUGUGACUUCUCCCCCCACAACCAUUUGGCAGUGGUGGCUUUGUCCCAGUACUGUGUGGAGUUGUGGAGUAUGGACUCAGGUUUAAAAGUAGCUGAUUGCAGAGGACAUUUAAGUUGGGUCCAUUGUGUGAUGUUUUCUCCUGAUGGAUCAUCAUUUUUGACAUCUUCUGAUGACCAGACAGUCAGGCUCUGGGAGACAAAGAAAGUAUGUAAGAACUCUGCUACAGUGUUAAAGCAAGAGAUAGAUGUUGUGUUUCAAGAAAAGGAAGUGACGGUUCUUGCAGUUGACAAUAUAAGACGUCUGCAACUCAUUAAUGGAAACACAGGUCAGAUUGAUUACCUAACUGAAGCUCAAGUGAGUUGCUGUUGUUUAAGUCCACAUCUUCAGUACCUUGCAUUCGGAGCUGAAGAUGGAGCCAUUCAGAUUUUAGAACUCCUGAACAACAGAAUCUUCCAAUCCAGGAAUGCGCACAAAACCACUGUUCGGCACAUCCAGUUCACAGCUGAUGGAAAGACUCUUAUCUCAAGCUCUGAUGAUUCUGCAAUUCAGAUAUGGAAUUGGCAGUCAGAGGACCCUUUCUUUCUCCAAGCCCACCAGGAAACAGUGAAAGACUUUAAACUCUUGAAAAAUUCAAGACUGCUUUCCUGGUCAUUUGAUGGAACAGUAAAGGUAUGGAAUAUUACUACCAGAAGAAUAGAAAAAGAUUUUGUGUGUCACCAGGAUACAGUUCUUUCUUGUGAUAUUUCCUCUGAUGGCGCUAAGUUUUCUUCUACCUCUGCUGACAAGACUGCAAAGAUUUGGAGUUUUGAACUCCUUUCUCCUCUUCAUGAAUUGAGAGGCCACAAAGGCUGUGUGCGCUGCUCUUCCUUCUCUGUGGACAAUACCAUGUUGGCGACUGGAGACGACAAUGGAGAAAUCAGGAUGUGGAAUGUCUCAAACGGUGAGCUUCUUCAUUUGUGUGCUCCAAUUUCAGUAGAAGAAGGAGCUGCUACUCAUGGAGGCUGGGUGACCGAUCUUUGCUUUUCUCCAGACAACAAAAUGCUUGUUUCUGCUGGCGGAUAUCUCAAGUGGUGGAAUGUUGUCACUGGGGAAUCCUCACAGACCUUCUACACAAACGGAACCAAUCUUAAGAAAAUACAUGUGUCCCCUGACUUCAAAACAUAUGUGACUGUUGAUAAUCUUGGUAUUUUAUAUAUUUUAAAGAUUUUAGAGUAAAAUAGUUAAGUGGUGAUGUAAGUUGACCUCUUUUAAUUUUGAAUUGGAAAAAAAUCCUAAUGAAACUCUGUACUUUAACUUUUAUAAAGCUGUGAAUUGUUUUGUAGUAUUGCAUUCAUUACAAAAGUGUUUGUGGUUGGAUGAAUAAUGUUAAUGUAAUUUUUCCCAAAUGAACAUGCCUUUAAUCUUGUUUUUCAUUAUCACCAUCAUUUUUUAACAGUUUGUCCUUAAGAUGCAAAUGAAAAUGUAAAUAUAUACCUAGUUAUACCAUUGGUAAAAUUCUUCCUUGCUGCAUUCAAAUUGGUUGACAUAAUAAUGAAAAUAAUUGAAAGGAAAUAUAUCUAUUUUAAUACUGUCAUUGGUGCAGACCAUGCCUCAGGGUGGUGGUACCAGCCUGCUUUCUGAACCACACCCCAAGGGGGUAUAUAAUUCUCCCAAAUAUAAUCUCUGAGCCUCUUUGCACCCCUUAAAAUUUGCUUUCAAAAUAUUGUGUCUAUGUGCACAGUUUGCAAAAUUUUCUUUAAUUCACUUGAUAAGUGAGUCUUAGGUUUCAAAGUUCUCUCUGUGAAGCAAAUGUUAUGCAUGUUGGAGAGAGUAGAUUUUGUCUGUCUACCUUUUUCCCUUUGCUUGUGGCAGCCCCAGGCUGGACCUGGACUCUGUCAGUCCCUGGACUGGGCACUCUCCUGCUCUGUCUGGUUUUUUAUGUACCAGACUUCCUACUUGGCUGAACUUAACCUUUCUUAAUCCUCACUUUCUCUCUUUUCUUAAAAGCAAUUGUUCCACAUUUAAAUGUUAGUAAAUUGGAAUAAUUGAGGAGGAGAUAAUUUUAAUCAUAAGUUUUAACAACAGACUUCUUCUAAGAUAUAGAAAAUAGUAAAUAAUAAUAAUAAUAAUUUUCUUCUAAAUUCCAUUUACUUUUAGAUGAAUGGCAUUGCCAGUGCUGUUCUCUUAGUGAAUUUCAAGAGAAUUCUCUGGUUUUCUACACCAUACUGGAAGAGUCAUUGUGACUGGAAGAUAUCACCUUUAACCUCCCAGCCAGUCUGUUUUCCUUCCCUUCUCUUCCUCCUUCUUUCUCUCCCUCAAAAGUUAAUUAAAAAGAGAAAUUAGAAAAGAUAGUUUUUCUUUUUCUAAAUUAUGUAUUUUAUUUUCAUAUAAAUUAACAUCCUAAAAAAAUUAAAAUAGAAACACUAAAUACAGUAUUGCACAGAGCAAUCUCUGUUAAAUGCCCAUUAUAUCAUUGAAGUUCAUAUACACAUGGAGGGACUAAAGGAGACAGGAAGAUGGAAGCAGCUGCAGUGACUCAUUUUUGUUCUGCUUUUCAUUGGUCAGGUUUUCAUGCUUAUUUUUGCUUUAAUUCCAGAGUCAUGUCUUAGUUUUAUUUUAUAGAGUGAUUUUCCCUUUUUCUGCCUACACACCUCUUCAGCUUCUUUUACUCUUUCUUGGAGAAUAAGUUUGUUCUCUUUCUUCCCAAAGUCUUUAAAGUCAGAGCUGAAUUCAUGCCAGAUACUGAAGAAAACGUUUGGGGACACUUCCUUCUUUCCAAUUUUUGGUCUCAUGAAGAAAUAGGCUGUAGUCUCCAAAAAGCACUUAGGAGUCUCUGUCAGUGAGUUCUCAUCUGCUUCUUGGUCAAUUUUAGCUUGAAUAAGAAAGUGUUCCAUGUUUUCUUUGAAAGGCUAAAUGUGCCCUUUUGAGGACACUUGGUAAACUUUCCCCGCUUCAACUUCACAGGCUCUCAGGUCUUUCUUGAGUUUUCUGAGGUCUUUUGGAUGGGUUUUGGAUGAACCUAUGGAUGGUUCUUCAGUUUUUUCCCAAAUAAGUGAAGCACUGGCGUCUCUGGCCUGUCUGUGACUGUCAGACCAGGGAAGGGAUGCAGGCGGUGGAGGCUGGAGGGAUGGCUGUGCAUCAGGCUGAACUGGCAUUCGCCUUGGAGACACGACCAAAGAGAUUUCUGAGCAGAACUUGGUCUGAGGUCCCGAAGGCAAGGGCAGCUCCACUGAUUCUCCAUGUGCGGUCAAGGGUGGGGGGCCCACCUUUGGGGCCCCCCAGGAGGAAGUGCCAGCACACCACCCUCUUCCAUCAGGGACGUCUGGAUGGACUUGGCCUGUACAGUCCUUUCAUAUCUGACGUCAUUUUCGCCCAACCUGAGGGCUUCCAGACCCACCUCUAGGGCGAGGUAUUGCUUCUCCAGCUUAGCUAUCCUGAUCCUUGAUGGUCUGCUCCAGCUACUGGAUGACAGUGGCCUGACCCUCAGACUUCAUGCCACACACUUCCUGUGUCAGCAUCCUUAGGCCUGUGUUCUUCAUCAGGAGGUUUAGAUGGUGGCCAAGCAGCUGGGACUCUCUUGGGAAACUGCCCUUCGAUAUAAUCCAGUGAGUGUGUGGGUUGACUAACUGCAGCCCGGGGAUAAAGUUGAUCUUGUCAGUGCAGAGGUCAAAGUCUCCUAACGCACAGCAAACACGGAUGCUGCCAGCACUCAAAGAUAGUUUUUGACAGGGAAAAGCAUAUCAAUAAUAUCAGAAACUAGCUUUUUUGACCUCCUGAUUAGGAAUUUUAUUUGCAGCUUAAAUCCAAACAUUUUCCCUGAAAUAUAUUAUUAAGUGUUCGUAAUAGAUGUGGUUCUUACAUAAAAAGACAAAAAGUUUUUGUUGCUGCAACAACUAAAUCAAGUGAAUAUCAGCUUUAAUAGUAGGCAAGCAUUGAGCCAGUUUCUGUUGUUGGUGCAUAUUAGUAGAUGUGGGGCGGGUAGGGGGAUAGACCAUUCCAGAUGUAUUUUAGAUUAGAUGUUCCUAUUUAGCACUUGAGGGAACCAUAAGUAGAGUGAAUAAAAUACUUUGAUUAGAUUUGAUUUUGGUUUUUUUUUUUUUAUGGUGGGUUGAGGAACUGAUUUAUGGACUUACUGUGACUUAAGCAAAUGUAAUGUGAAAAUCUCAAUUUCAUAAAAAGAAAUUUCUGUAGUGGCAUGUUCUGUAUAGCGUACCCAAAUCAUAAUUUGAUUUGCAUACAGUGUUGAGGAACUCUAUGUUUAUAGCUCAGAGUAUAAGUUUUAACUUUUGGAAUUAAGUCACUUGACUAUGAAA